AUGGCCAACAAUCACUUCCUUCUCCUUCUUCUCUGUCUAUCUUCCAUGCUGGGCAGCAUUUCAGCCAUUUGGCUGAAUCACGGUGCUGAUAUAACCAAUUCAAGGCGCGCGAUCGGGGAGGUGCUGAUCAACAGGUUCACAGUCAAGAACCUGAAGCUAAGAUGGACAUUCUAUGCAGGCAGAGACAUUUCAGCAACUCCAGCAGUAGCCGACGGAGUCGUCUACUUCCCGUCCUGGAACGGCUACAUCUAUGCAGUGACGGCUUCUCGUGGCAACCUGAUAUGGCAGCAGAACUUGAACCAGUUGACAGGACUGAAUGGAACUGGUGUUGUUGUCAAUGUGACAGUGUCCAGGACAACGCCAACAAUUGCUGGUGAUCUCGCCAUCUUUGGAAUUUAUGGCCCUGCUGUUGUGAUUGCUGUCGAUAGACGGACUGGAAGGCUUGUUUGGUCUACUCAGCUCGAUCCUCGCCCCAGGGUCCUAAUCACUCAGUCCGGAACAUACUUCAAUAGGGCACUGUACAUUGGUGUUUCAUCCCUAGAAGAAGGGCUACCAGCAGAACAAUGCUGCACAUUCAGAGGCAGAAUGACAAAGCUAGACAUCAAAACAGGAGCAGUCCUGUGGAACACCUAUAUGAUUCCUGACAAUGGAGGCCAAAGGGGAGGCUACGCAGGAGCUGCGAUUUGGGGGAGCAGCCCUGCAAUCGAUGUCGCGAGGAGAUUGGUCUACGUGGCAACUGGGAAUCUCUACUCAGUUCCACCUGAAGUGUCUGAGUGCCAGGAAGCUCAAAACAACCAGACAACAAAACCAAACCAACCAGAUCAGUGUGUUGCUGCUGACGUACACUAUGACUCGAUCCUGGCUCUUGAGUUGGACAGUGGGAAGAUCAGAUGGGCCAGGCAGCUUGGUGGCUAUGAUGUUUUCUAUUUUGCAUGUUUGGUUCCUAAUAACCCUGACUGUCCACCUGGGCCUAACCCUGAUGCAGACUUUGGGGAAGCUCCUAUGUUGCUCACUAGUUUCAUCAAUGGAACAAUUCGCGACAUUGUGGUGGCUGUCCAGAAGAGUGGCUUUGCUUGGGCUCUUGAUCGUGAUAGUGGAGCUAUCGUGUGGUUCAAUGAAGCAGGGCCAGGAGGCGCGGAGGGAGGAGGACAAUGGGGAGCAGCAACAGAUGGGAAAAGAGUUUACACAAACAUUGCCAACAGCGACCGUCAGAGCUUCACCCUCGCACCAUCUAGCCAAACUACAACAGCAGGAGCGUGGGUGGCUCUGGAUGCAUGCUCUGGCGAAAUCCUGUGGACCACUGCAAAUCCGAGCAACGACACAUCACAAGCCCCUGUCUCAGUGGUAAAUGAUGUGCUGCUGGCUGGCUCUGUGGCUUCCAAUGGACCCAUAUAUGCAAUGGAUACAAGAACUGGGGAGAUCUUGUGGUCCUACAAUACCGGUGCCACGGUGUAUGGUGGCAUAUCGGCGAGCUAUGGUUGUAUCUUCCUUGGCAAUGGUUACACCGUUGGAUUGGCAAGGUUCCACACUACUUGGACUCCUGGAACAUCACUCUAUGCAUUCUGUUUAUCCUGA